GUGAGGAGUAUAGUUCUUUCAUGUCUCCCGGUUGCAUAGAGAGAGAGGAUAGAAAUCCGAAAUACGAGGGAUGUCAAACCGAACAGAUCUGAAGGGUCUGAAAAGCCAACGACUUCCUCCACGAGAACUUGCCAAUGGAAUAAUCUGAUUUGUAAACAUAUUGUACCGUUUUUGCGUUGCACUUUUUUUCCACCUAAACAGUAAGGAAUGUGGGCUUUUCUGAGUGGGAAAUUAUUUAGUGUUCUUUCAGCACCAGUGAUUGUAGCUGUCGUUUGUUGCGCACAAAGCGUGAAUGAACCAGGGAACAUGUCUUUUGUGAAAGAGACGGUGGACAAACUACUAAAGGGAUAUGAUAUUCGUCUUCGACCAGACUUUGGAGGGGCCCCUGUUGCAGUUGGCAUGAGUAUAGAUGUGGCGAGCAUAGACAUGGUAUCCGAAGUCAACAUGGACUACACUUUAACCAUGUACUUCCAGCAGUACUGGAGGGACAAGAGGCUGGCGUACUUAGGGAUCCCACUGAACCUCACCCUGGAUAACCGGGUAGCAGAUUCACUCUGGGUCCCUGACACCUACUUCCUGAAUGACAAGAAGUCCUUCGUCCACGGUGUGACGGUCAAGAACCGUAUGAUCCGCCUCCACCCGGAUGGAACAGUGCUCUACGGCCUGAGGAUCACAACGACGGCAGCCUGUAUGAUGGACCUGAGGAGGUACCCUCUGGACGAGCAGAAUUGCACUCUGGAGAUCGAGAGCUAUGGAUACACAACAGAUGACAUUGAGUUCUACUGGAAGGGAGGAGACAAUGCGGUGACGGGAGUGACACGCAUUGAGCUGCCACAGUUCUCCAUAGUGGACUACAAGCUGGUGUCCAGAAAUGUUGUCUUUUCCACAGGUGCCUACCCACGACUGUCUUUGAGCUUCAAGCUAAAGAGGAACAUCGGCUACUUUAUCCUGCAGACCUACAUGCCCUCAAUCCUGAUCACCAUCUUGUCCUGGGUCUCCUUCUGGAUCAAUUACGAUGCCUCGGCUGCAAGAGUGGCAUUAGGGAUCACCACUGUGCUCACCAUGACCACCAUCAACACCCAUCUGAGAGAGACGCUCCCCAAAAUCCCCUACGUCAAGGCCAUCGAUAUGUACCUGAUGGGCUGCUUCGUCAUGGUCUUCCUGGCCCUGCUGGAGUACGCCUUCGUCAACUACAUCUUCUUCGGCCGAGGACCACAAAUGCAGAAGAAGCUGGCAGAGAAAGCCGAGAGGGCCAACAAUGAGAGGGCGGCCAAAUACGACACCAAUCGGUCUCCUCAGGAAGGAGGUAAAACGUCAUCUCUUAAGCUGACUAAGCAGCCUAAUAGAGCAAAAACGCUCCGUGUCUCACAGUCGGCGGAGUCCCACGGUAAUAUCCUGCUGACCACCCUGGAGAUCCACAACGAGGUGGCAGGAAAUGAGGUCACCACCAGCCUGGCGGACAGCAGGAACUCCUCCGUCAUGGGAUUUGACAACACCAGCACAGGUACCGGCGUCCAGUGCAGGAAGGCGAGCCGGUCCUCGGGUCCUCGCCACAGCCUCGACAGGCACGCCCAGCUCAAGAGGCACAAACUGCGGCGGCGCUCGUCACAGCUCAAAAUCAAAAUCCCUGACCUGACGGACGUAAACGCCAUCGACAGGUGGUCGCGGAUUAUCUUCCCCUCUGUUUUCUCCCUCUUUAAUCUAAUCUACUGGAUGUAUUAUGUCAACUGAUUGACUGAUUUUAGGGUUAGGUGGUGUUAAAAGUAUUAUUAUUUUUCCCUUCGUCAUUGUUUUGUCUUUUUUUACGCGACAGGAAAUGUUUUGCUAUUAAAAAACAAAGGACUGCCUCUAUAUGGCACAGACAAAAUGCUUUGACUUCUUUGUGAAAGUUUUUAUAUUUGCAGUCAUACUCAAAUUAUGGAUUGCGGUGGAUUGCUAAUUCUGAAAAUGUUGUACAGAACUAUGUAGAUAAAUACCCAUACCGUAGGACUGGUACUGUAUAUUUCCCAGUAUUUUUGCCCCUCUGUAGUUUGAUAAUGGAGAUCUUUAUACCCAAUUCAAUAUGUGCAUUUUGCAAGAAAGAAAAUGUACAUUGUUUUGUUUUUUAAACAAACCCAAAUAAAAUAAAAAUGUUAUGUAAUGUAUUAUGCAUAUACACAAUGAAUUGUAAUGAAUACUUUAUAAUUAUUUACAUAUUAUUUGUCAUUUAUGAGAAUCAAUGCAAAAAAUAUAUACUCAUGUUUUGUGAUGCUUUAUCACGUAUAUAUUUUUGUCUUGGUCAGAUAGCAUAAUUAUCAAGCGCACAUACAGUAUUUGCAAAUUUUACAGUGAAGUGGUCCUGUUAAUGUAUGUCUAUGUACAGUGUAUUAUUAUUAGUAGUAGUAGUAUUGCUAUUAUUACCAUUAUUAUUACAUACUGAACUAUACCAUUUUAACAUAGGGGCAAAUUAAUGUCUACUGUUGAGGGUUUAAUAUCUCAGGUUCUGCAUUUUGCUAAUUGGCAACCAUUAACAUUUUCAAAAUCCUGUCAAACAGUCUUGAAAUUGGAAUAUUGAUUGGGAAUCUAAACAUACCCACCACUGCACUCAAUGAAUCUGUCACGGUUCACAUAUUUUCUAUCUGAUAUUGUGAAUGCUUGACAGGAUUUCACUCAGUAAAUUGACGACAUUCCUUUAAAUCAGCUCCAUCUUUGAUAGCUGUCGAACUCUCCUGCCAACGGCCUAGUGCUAUGUACUGUAUAACAUGUCUUUGUGAAAUGUUCUGAUAUUUUUGUAAGGUGUAACGUUGACUAAAGCUACAGUAUAUUAACUCACUCUCUUGCGCGCGAGCAUUGUAGAAAAUAGAUUCCCUCGGUUCACAGCAUUCCAUGGAAGUGGCAGGGUUGAGGGUGUGUUUGGUUUUUAGCAUUUGACUGAUUUUUACUGCUGAAAUGACCUCCCAACUGUAAAUAUAAUGUAUAUAACAGAUUUGACGUAAGUGUGCAAUUUUUUUUAUUUGGGGUUGUCUAAUUAGUUGUCUGUUUUUAUAAGACCAUGUGAAAUACCGAUGACAUUUCUGUCCUCUUUAAAUGCUUGAAAAUCUAUUGAAUGAACAUGUGGGGUUGAUCAUAUAUUUUUUGAUUCCUUUCUUCAGGUUUAGAAGCGAUGAAUGCCAUGAGACUAUCUGUCAAAUGCACAGACGAUAUAAAUAAUACAACGAAACACAUUGUAAAUCAAGGGCAUUUGCCAACCACUGAUAUACACAGUACAUCAUCCAUUUCUAUAUUUCUAUCAUCUAUUCUGCACAGCUAUCAUAGAAGCACAUACAAUGUGUCAGUCUCUCAGUUUACAACUGAUGCAUGCAUUCUGUUCUACAGGGCAAGGACAACGAGCCAUAGUCAUUAGAUUGUAACCAAACAUCUAACGCAUCCCAUUAGGAAAUGUAAUCAACGGCAUGGAAGUAGCUAACAUUUGGUGAAACAUUGCCGUGGUUCAUAUCAUGCUGCUCUGGCCGAGAGACAAUGCCGAGAUGGCACUGUCUCUUGUUUCUCUAUGCAUGUUAUAUUGCAUGAGUAAUGUCGAUUAAAAAAAACUUAACCCUACUAUCUUAAACCUGUAUCGCAGGUUACAAGUACAGUUCCAAGAGAUUGUGAUAAACUGCCAUUUUCUGGUUGGUUACAGAGCAACCAAUCAUAUCCUGAGGUCAAUGGCUGGGAUUCACAACGACAGUCUUCAAAUAUAUAACACAUUUAUAUACGCAUAAAGAAUAAAUUGCGUGCCCAUGUAUUUUACCAUUACCAACUUGCAGCCAAUUGCUUAUAGUAGUGACAUGUAUCUCUGGUAUGUAAAUAUGCUUUGCUACUUGAUCAUUAAGCUUGUUGUGUGUUUUGGGUUUGAGUGAUAUAAUGGUAAUGUGUGUGGUUACACACGCUGGCCUAUAACAGUUCCAGACCCUGGGGUUUCCCUUCUCUACUGUGUAGAUGAGGCCGUGUUGGCUGGGUCUUGGUGUAAGAUGACUAAUAUCUCUUGGUCUUGGUGUAAGAUGAGUCAUGUAUCUUGUUCUUGGUGCAAGAUUAAUCAAAUAUCUUGAUCUUGGUGUAAGAUGAGUAAUCUUUCCCGAGACGUAAAGACUUGAGUUAGCCCUUCAGAGCUAAUGCCUAGUCUUUAGAUCAGAGGGCUGACGGUCUUGUGGCAUGCAGGAGACCUGGGUUUGAAUCCCAGUCAGUCACAUUGGCACAUUCAAUCUGACACUGUUUCAUGCAUUAAGUGCGCUCAUCUUUGCUGGCUUCUAAUGUUGUCUGGCCCAUGUUCUGUUCUGCCAUAAAUGUAUAUUUAGGUAUAGAUAUCUGUGUUUAUGUUUCUCUCCCUUAUUUCUUUAGGUUAUAAUGUUGCUCUAUUAAUUAAAUAAUAUCAAUUGUAUGACAGUAAUAUCGGGUUUUGCAUCCAUUGAAAUCCAUGUUUUCUGUAACACUUCUGUUAUAAGCUAUAGCAACAGGAUGAACAAUGGACAGACUUCAAAGACAACAUUUCUUGUUCCUAAUGCAUUUCUGUUGAAUGAUUGAAUCUAGACAAAGCCCAAUAGUUUAUGAUUUAUAUGUCAGGUGAAGAUAAACAAAUGAUUACCAGUAUUCCUGGAUUGUGAUUAAAACUGUAUUUAUCAAUGAA